AUGGCUUGGUUAAAUCACGAAAGUCAACGUCUUCGACAGAUUGACGAAAUUGUGGAGGAGCUUGAAGUAGUUCAUGUACAGGGAAGCGUCGAUGAUAAAAUCAAGGAUAUGACGGAGACAGUUCUGGAAUCAGAAAUCAUGGCCACAGCAUCCGGGAUAAUGGGCAAGUGCAGUCGAAGUGUGUGCAGCCAUAUGAAUCUAUAUGAUUCAGAAGAUUACGCAAAUAAAUUAAAGGAGUACGUGUGCAACCUCUCAAAUAGAGAUGAAAUUCAUCCAUUGGCAACACCAGAUUGGUCACUGUUGGGAAAAACGGUGAUGAAGUUCUUCCCAAUAACGCCAACAUACCAAAAUCUGUUGGGUACAUUAGAGUCGACUCCGGAAAAACCGGUCGUCAACGCUGCCAAGGCAGUUGUAGUACGGAAGAAACAGGACAAUGCUCCUGUACGACACCCGGAUACGUCAAAAAAUGAAAAAAUAAAAGAUCACAACAAGACGAAACUAUCUAAAAUUACUGACCUCAUUCGCAGUGCCAAGGGGUCAGUAGAUUUUUUUAAACUAGUUCUCCAUCCCACGGACUUUGCAAAAACUGUGGACAAUGUUCUUUGCGUAGCUUUUCUCGUUCGCGAUGACAUUGUUAAAUUUAUAUUGGAUAAUGAUGGUUUGCCGCUCGUCAGCGUAUGUAGCGACGAGGAUAAAGCUGAUGCUACAACAAGUAGCAAAGUCCAGAACGUGUUAAGUUUAUCGAUGCGACAAUGGAAAGAAUUAGUUAAAGCUUACGGCAUUGUCGAACCGAUGAUAGACUUGCAGUAA